AUGCCACAGACUUGUCAAACCUUUUUAUGUAUCUUGUUUCUCAAAGGUCUCUUUGUAGAGGGUUUUCUCCGAGGUAUGCUGUACCCCAGGGAAUCCGAGACUCGGCAAGUGAAAUCUUUGGAUGGGAUGUGGGAUUUCCGGGCGGAUAUUUCCUCAAUUGGGUUCGAUGAGAUGUGGUAUUCGUUGCCCUUAGCACAGGUAAACAGCAGCUACAAAUCAGGAAAUAUUGGUUACUUUGAUUUCAGGGGAAAAUCAAAUCAGAUCACUUGACCAGACAGGGACAUGCCCUUGUAGGAAAAAUGAUGAAGUUUGGACAGAGUGGACUCACAGGAAAAUUUUGAGAGCCAUUUGCACCGAAGCCUUCACUUUCACUAACUAAUUUUGUAUAACGCUUGACUGAUUAUCAUUUAAUUCAUACAUAAAUCUAGAUUCCUGCGAAAUGGUGUCAGCACAUCCUGCAGACUAGAUGUGUUUCAUUUUAUAUUGAACCAGGCUGUUCACUCACUGCGAGAGUUUUCUUACCGUAGAGACACAUGACAAGAGAUCAUUAAUUUGACUUAAAAUAACAUCCCCGAAAUAAAAAUAAUUACACUCGAUGAAGAUUGUAUAUUCAAGGAUUUGGAUCGAAUCGGUUAUCACCUCAUCACCGGCAUGCACGAAAUAUAUCGACUUUUAAGGAAUAGUUUCUCUUUGGUCACUUCUGAGAGUGAAAGGAUUUGUUAUCAUCAUCUCGUCAUCAAUUAAUGCAGGUUGGCGAUGUUCUUGCGAUGCCUGUUCCUUCCAGUUACAAUGAUGUCACAGAAGACCGCUGGCUUAGGGACUUCGUUGGCUGGGUGUGGUAUGAGAAAGUCUUUUAUGUGCCAUCAUCCUGGAAAUCGACCUCCAAAAGAGUGGUCUUGCGCUUCGACAACGUAUUUUAUCGUUGUAAAGUGGUAAGAUAACCGAGAAAUGAAUUGUAAGACCCCUUUUCGAUCGUAAUCGUCCUUGAAGUCGUUCAACUUUUUACACUGCAGAACCCCAGUAAGACACAAAGGGGUUUACUUUAUAUGUGGAGGUCAGAACUUCUAAUGGAAACAAAUAUUACGCGAAAAUUAUAGCAGGAGAGUACAUAUGGCGAUAGAGAGGGUAGCUGCUGGCCCAGGUCAUGAGAUAUAUCAUGGCUUAUGUAUAGUCACACCUUAGUCCAUGGCAAGUACAAAGGAACGUUCUGUUUUGGUUGUUGUCUGAUAAUUAUAUCCAUGAAGUUUCAGGGAAUACAAAAUACUUCUUGGAUCGGAUAUGCUGCUUCGUUGAUCAGUUCUCGCCUAGUAUUCAAACAUGCAAAUGAUACUGGGAAUGGCCAAGCGGCUUAGAGGAAGAAGCCCCACUGAAUGAACCUGAAAAGUCUGCUGUCAUACCAUGUCUGAUAUUUUCCUAAUCAUCCUGCCACAAAAUUUAGCUAAGACUUGUGUGACUAGUCGCUAUCGACACAUUUUUUGCUUUAAUUUGAUUGUAGUGGUUGAAUAGCAAAGAGAUACUGGAACACGAAGGAGGAGACUUGCCCUUUGAGGUUGACAUUACGCACCAGCUUGAUAGCUUUGAUAGAGAUUCACACAGACUGACAGUGGCAGUGAAUAAUACCAUAAGUCAACCAAGAAAAGUAAAGGCUAGUAGGAGGUAGUUAUUCAAACAAAAAACGUGCAUAAUUAUUACUUAGAACGGAAGAUUGAGGUAUUCAUUUGAAGUAUCUGUCAGCUGUCUCUACUCGUUCACAAACCUUACUUUAGGCCAAGCGAAUCAAUCCAGUAGCGUAUACUCUUUUCUACAUUUGACUCAGUUCAGCCACAUACAUAGUCGAGAGUUGAUCCAUCCCAAAUCAGUGUCGUAUAAAAAUAAAACUGAUGUAAUCGCAACUGCAACUAGGUAAUAACAGCUCAAAGGAAAAGCGAGGAAGCUGCCUGAAGCACGGGAAACGCUAGAGACCACGUCGUGAUCGGUUAUAGUCUCGCAUUUUAUUAUUUCCAGGUAGUUUAAGUCUUCCCUUUUUUUUCUUCAAUCCAAGAGAAUAUUAAAGUAAAACAAAUCCAAUCCCGAGUUACUUUCGACCGUGAACUGAAAAUUCUCCAGCUUACCCUUAGUUUGUUUGGCGCCUUCCCACAUAGAAACAUUAAACAUGUUAAGUACUAAUAUACCAUUGAUAGAGUUCAUGCCGCCAAAUGCAGGAAAUAAUCAAUGCAAUAUCUUUCUUCCUUAGCUCAAGUUACUGCGAUUCAACAAGUGAUCAGUUGACAGAAGUCGACUUCGCCGGAAUCCACGGCUCAGUUAAACUCUACACCACUCCGGAAGUGCAUUUAACAGACAUCUCUGUAUUUACGGAACACACUUACACCAGAGCCAUACUCAAAUUCGUCACAGAGGUCGCAGCCUACAAUCACGUCAAAUCAAAAGACAUUAUCAUGAGUUAUGAGCUGCUCGACAGGAAGGGAAGGGUGGUGUCAUCUGCGGGUGGGGAGGGGAUGUUCAGUGGGAAGGUCACAGUGUUUUUCCCAACCUUGUGGUGGCCCAUAGGUAUGAGUGACAAGCCUGGUUAUCUGUACAAUCUCAAGGUAAAUUUAUUUCACUCAUACAUAAAGUAUUUCUUGUAGGUGUACUUAUGGUUAUAUCUGAAUCGAGUUUCGGAGGUUGAAAACGAAAAAAACUUUCUAAUCCUCGUUCCCCAACAUUUUCGAUUAGAUCAUAACUGGAUCCUAUUAUGACGGCCGUCUAUGACGUCAUCAAGGGAGGCUUGUCCUUCCCUUCCCAGACUUUGCACAGACAACAAAACAAGAAAGAGCCCCUGAAGGCUAGGCUACGACUAUCUUUCUAAAUCUAGUCUCGUCGAUCUACAACAUCGAACUCCAGCAACCUUUCAUGACACGAUCAUUCCUUGCCUCACUGAGAAGAUUAAAGAUGUUUUCCAUGUGCCCGACUCGACAUACUUAAAUUCCAACCUUCACUAUGUGAUCAGUAAGGAUUAUAAGAUUUUGCUCUUCUCUUUUAGGUUAUCACGUCUUAUAAAGGAAUUAAUGAUGUCUACAAUCUUCCGGUGGGCUUCAGGACCGUCCGAGUAGAGGGCUCAAGGAUCCUCAUCAAUAAUGUUCCAUUGUACUUAAAGGGGUUUGGAAAAAGGCAGGAUAGUGACGUAAGCCCCUUGUUAAGGUGUUCCAAGAGUUUCCUUGUAAUUUUCAGUGCUCCUCAGUCCAUUUGAAGCUCUUCACUGUUGAGAAAAGAGGUCACAUAUGAUUAUAUUUGAGCACUUCUUCUCAUUGCAGAUUCGUGCUCGAGGUUUUGAUUAUGCCACCUUAAUUAGAGACUUCAAUCUGAUUCAGUGGUUUAGCGCCAACUCCAUCCGCACAAGUGAACACCCACCACCCGAAGAACUUCUGGAACUUACAGACAAAUAUGGAAUUAUGGUCAUCAACGAAAGCCCAACUGUGGCACCCAAAGAAGUGUAUCAGUACGUGUUCACAUUAAUCCCCCCUCCAUUACAUACACUUAAAGUGAAUGGAGCCUCCCCCCUAAUAAAAUUGCUGUAAAGUCGAAGAAUCUCAUUCAUGAAUUAAGACGGCAUCAGAUCUUUCCCUAAUUGAGAAAGCACCACCCAAGCUGUUCAAUAACUGAUCUCGUUCUUUGUAUGUUGUCACUCGGAAGUAUAUAAAGAGACCGCUUUCGCAGAUGGCGUGCAUGAACUCGAUUUGUGUGAAGUUUUUUGUCGUUUCAUGCUAUACCUCCCUUCGUUUUUGGGCGUUUCAUUUAUUUUACAGGCGUGUAACGUAAGUGAAUAUCAUUGAUUAGGUGUUUCAGGUAUAUCAAUUUGAGCCUAUGGCAACAUGGCUGCUGCCCUUUCUUUUCAUUUCAUGAAAACUAUCAUCAAUUGUUUUUACUUCACCAAAGAUUAUGCCCUUAAGUUAACUGUUUAUAUCUUACUGAUACAAAUAUUAGAGACCAUAUUACAGAGCAUGCAGUCAACCGCCAUGUUGACUUGCUGUCAGAGUUGAUACAACGGGAUAAGAACCACCCAUCUGUAGUGAUGUGGUCUGUAGCAAGCCAUUCAGUAACAGUGCGCAGUGGGAACAUUGAUUCACAUCUAAAACGAAUGAUGGACUUCACACGAGAGAUGGAUUUACAGAAACGGCCUGUUACGUACGUCACCUCUUCAUAUGACAAGUUGAUGAUUAUGGAAGAUCCUGGGGUAAGAGAGAGAAAUUAAAGUUUGCAAUUUUUUUUAUCUGAUCGGAAUAUCUGGUUCACACUUUGGUGCUUCUUUAAAUUGCGCCGACUCUAAUCAUUGAUUACUUCGGCUUCUCUUACAUGUGAGGACUUCAGGUUAUCGUUCCAGUCCUCAUCUCUCCAUUUUCCGAGUUGAUACAUUUUCCCUCUUACUCAACUUUCUACCUAUUUCCUUUUCUCAGCUUCAAUUCUGUGACGUAAUUUCUUUCAAUCGUCACUACGGUUGGUAUUGGUACCCAGGCCAACCCUCGUUGAUUUCGAAGUCUCUAGAGGAGGACCUGCGUGGCUUACAUAAUGUGUUUGGUAAACCAGUUCUCAUGGCCGAAUAUGGCAGCAGCGCUGUUGCCGGGAGACACAAGGUAAUACAAUAAAACAACUAAUCAGCCGAAUUAAACCAAUUACGAGAGUAAAAGCAAAGGAAACUAUCCUUUAUAUCACCGAAUGAGGACAAAUUUGUUGGAAAGGAUAUACUAAAUUGUUGAGUUCAGUAGCCUUUAAGCGGAUACAGUAAACCGUUUUCCUUUGGAUCCUAACCCUUUACAGCCUAACAUCAGUAUACAUAUUCUCCAUACUGUUCUUUAAGCAUUUCUUGUGGUGCUGAUAAGGAGAAUUUGUUGAACAAUCUGAAGCUUUGCUAAAUUGCUGAGUUCAGUAGCCUUUAAGCAGGUACAGUAAACCGUUUUCGUUUGGAUCCUAACCCUUUACAGCAUCACAUCAGUAUAAAUGUUCUCCAUACUGUUCUCUAAGCAUUUCUUGUGGUGCUGAUAAGGAGAAUUUGUUGAACAAUCUGAAGCUUCUUAAAUUGGUGAUCAUUUCCUUUAUUCUCAUGACCUUUACUUUCGAUUAAAAGGUGAUAAUGUCAGGAGAAAUUAGAUGCCAGUCACUCUCAGGGGUUAAAGGUCAUGUCAACAGUUCAGCUUGUGUUACAGCAUGGAGGUUGUAACUUUAGGGUAGUGAUUUGUAUGUGUGGGUGUAAAUGUUUGUGUUUACUUGCUAAAAUCGAGGUAUCACGUUUCACUCAAUCCUGUCAUAUUAGCAAAGCUUUGUCUUCAUUCGCUGAUAUUCCCUUCAAGGGGGGUUUGCAUCUUCCAUUACAUUUGCUGACUUUGUUAAGCUUCCUCUGAAAAUGACUUUUGAUUUUGUUUUAUAUUGCAUUAGAAACCGUCUGUGCUGUAUACCGAAGAGUAUCAGGUAAACAUUUAAGAUACUUUCUUUCACAAAUGAAGCUGAGGUUUCAUACACGCCUUAUCAAACGAAGUUUUUGAGUGCGAAAAUUUAAAAAAACCAUACCGAAACAAUUCAAGCGAGCACUUCGGCGAGUCACUGUACAUGUGAACUGGCGAACCACAAGCGCAAUUCUAUACAUUUCCUGCGCGUUAAACACUGUUGUAGAUCUCGUGGUUUUAAAACUCUUGCCACGUAUCUAAAGCGAUGCCAGCGUUUAAAAUUUGAGUUUCAGUAAUUUAAGAGCAUUCCCUUACGAGGCAGAGGUUGCUUUUAAAUCGUUAAAGGAGUUUCUUCUCAUGGUGAAGAGGGGAUUGUCUUACCUAGGUUACCUUCUUACAGGUGUACCAGUCACAUCAAAAGUGUUAUUUUAUGUAGACAGCACGACUUAAGUAUACAUAUCUAAGAUGAACUACAAUAAAAUUAAACUGAGUUGCUUUGCUUCAAGCGCUCUAACUCUUAAAUAAACGUAUUCCCAGGUCGACACAAUGAAACAAUAUUUCCCAGUAUUUGAUCGACUCAGGAAAGAAUUUCUGGCAGGAGAAAUGAUCUGGACUUUAACAGACUACAACGUUCUAGAAUGUAAGUGGAAAGGUUGGUUAAAAAGCCUAGCAAGCCCUAUUAAUACUAGUGAGUGACGACACCAGUGAAGCACUCUCUUACUCCCCUCAUCGCAUAUCAAUAUUCUCCGUUAGCCGACGUCUGCUUUUGUUCUUCUUGUGCACCUACGAGAUUGAUUCAAUCACGCUGAUUGACUUGACUUUGGUUUCAUUUUAUAUGAAAAUUAUCCAGUGAGGUAUCAAACAGCAUUUCAAUCACCUGUUAAUGCUCAAAUAACAGUGAAAUGAUUCUUAUCUAAAUUUGAACUCCAUACUGCAUUCUUAUAGCUUAUGACACCAUGUCAACUAAUACGAAGGGGCUCUUGACGCGUCAAAGACAACCAAAGGCUUCUGCGCACGCUCUUCGGCAGAGGUAUCAAGCCUUGACAGUGGACACGCAUCCAAGGUUUACUGGUGAUCAGUUGCUGGAUGUCCUUAUUAGAUUCAAGCCUCACGAAGGAGACAAGUUCCCCAUCGCCAUCCACAACAGACUACCUGCUUUGAUAAGAGAAGAAAGAGUAAAUACAACAAUACGGAAACGCUCUUUGGACGAGAUAAUGACAAACUACGAGCCGUGAUGACCGGGUCAACGAAGCGUUUUAUUUGAAAAUGAAACACUAGGGACACAUAUGUAGUGACAUUUUCCCAUAUGGUACUCAUGGUAAAGCUCAUUCAAAAAUGUACAUGAAUUUAGGUGCGAAUUUUUAUUAGAGAGAGUUGGUCAUUAUGGAGAAAAAAGGGGUUGGUCAAAAUAUUUUGGACUUAAGCCUUACACUCAAAUUGGCAAAGAGAGCCACAUAUUUCCAUCUUCCAGCUGCCUCGUGUAUGAUUAUGGUAACUAUUUACAGAUAUUCAAUUAAGUAUUCAAUUCCCAUCCAAAAGCAUUUAAAGUUAUGCAACAAAUGCCCUUGUUCGUUAGCUGGUUUGUUCGUUUGCCCUUCGAUUGUUUGCCUACCGCAUUCGUCAUCCUUUCGUUUUCGACUCCCGGUCUCGCUGUUCUAGUGUUUUGGGUACCAAGGGGGUAAAUUUCUAAAGAAACUGUGGUGCUGCGUCGGUAGGAGAGUAUAACUGGGUAAUUUAGUAUUAUCAACUGAGUUGAUCACGUAAAUUGGCGACUGUGAAGAUUUCUUGUUUGUGUGUGUGUGUGUUUUGUUAUUUUUUUUUUUUAACAAAGUACGGUACUUCUCUAACAAUUGUACUUCAGCGAAUAAUUUAUGUAUGUCAGGGAAUAUUAUCCUGUAGGGGUCUGGAACAAAAUAAAUUCCUGGCAGUUCGGUAAAUCUUAACCCCCAUUUUAAAGUAAUUGCCAAGCUUAACCUGAUUCAUAACAUUUAAACGUGACUGGACGGUCAUUCUAGCAUUAUUAUUUGAUCGUUUGUAUUCCUUAUUUACUCCGGUACUAACUUCUGAAUUUUGUCACAUCCUGCUGUCACGCCAUCUAUUCGAUACUCGAUUUAAGAAUUUGUUCAUGCUUAGCGUGCGUAUAUGGAGUUUUGGAUGCACGCGGGAAGUUUGGAAAGCACAAAAUAUGCGUAAGAGUAGCUCGAGGCGCAGCCGAGAGCAACUCUAGCUUUUUGAGUGCUCUCCAUACUUCCCAAGUGCAUCCAUAACUCGAUAUACGCACAGCUAAAAGCAUGAGCAAAUUCUUUUAUAACAGAGCGACAUCAAGAAUAUGCGCGAAGAAGCCUUUUAUUGUGAUAGAGUGCAAUUGUGAUUGUUUUGGUUUUGGUAAAUUCUCAAUUAACAACCGUGUACUUUAUUCCCUAGGUUGAACAAAUUUAAAAACGACAGUAAAAACCGAUAUUUUACCUUUAAAUGUUGUUAAUGACCAAUUGGUGACUUUUUUUGUUCCCAGUGAAUGUCUGUCUUUCGGCCAAAAUUUUCUGCAGCUGGUCCUCUGACAAAUUUGCGAAACGUGCAACUUACGAUGUUUUUUCCGGCUCCAUUUUUGUUGCUUGUUGGAUCAGGACCUAAAAGGUCAAUGCCGAUAGAAAAAUUGGGCAGUUCUCCUCUGGUUUCUUCCAUAUUUCAAAGAGAAGGAAAACUGCACUGCAGCUUAACAGGACGGAAACUCUGAAGCCAGGUUGAAAAAAAUGCAAAAGUCAUCUUAUUUACGCACGGGCGUGCAUAAAUAAGGAUUUUGUUCAUAGUGGCUAAAUAGGACUAAUAUAGGGCAAGCACGCUCGCUAUGUUAUAGAAAGCUCUGGUCGCGAGCCGAGGUGCAGAAACAUGGCUUCCGUCUUUGUAGGGCAGUUUCGUAAACGCUGCAGUCUCCUUCUGGCUAUUUUUGUGUUAGUUAGCGUUUUGCUCGUUUAUCAUGUUACUUAUCACGUGAAAAGUAAGCAUAGAAGAGAAAUAAGAUUUCUGACGUACAACAUUUGGUGUUCCCCUUUUAAGAUGCGUGAAAGAAUGGAAGAACUUGGAAAAAUUGUAGAGGAUCUCGAGCCAGAUGUUUUAGCAUUUCAAGAAGUCACGCUAGACAACCUGGCAGUUCUACGAGAACAGCGCUGGUUUUCUCGCUACCAUCUUAUUCCACGAGGGGUUUUGAAAUCCGAUGGAAAACAUUUUGUCAUUAUUUUGAGUAUCUUUCCUGUUGAGAAAUGGCUGGUCCAUCCAUUCACAAAUAAUGUGGACUCAACAUCGAAUCGUGGUCUUGUUUUAGCAGAAGUAAGGAACAUCAUUUCUUCUACAGAUGUUACUUUUGUCUUUGUAGCAACACACUUAGCAUACGGUGGCUUCGGCACUACGCAACGCGAACAACAGUUGAAAGAAUCAUUUCCAAUUAUCUCUUCUUACGACAAUGUUUGUAUUAUGGGAGAUUUGAACAUCUACGAAAAUAUCGAUGGAGAAGUUGUGCUGCCACCAGCUUGGUUUGAUGCGUGGCUAUCGAUUCCCGGAAAUUCAAACGAAAAUGGGUUUACGUCCGACCGGUUAAAAAAUUCGAUACUGAAAGGUCGUCCUGCAGUGAAUGCAACAAGUUACAAGGCACGCUAUGAUCGCGUGUUUUGCAAACUGUUCGACUUCAAGGUUAAAGAAAUGAGAAUUGUUGGCGAUGAGUUGACAAGAACCGGUAUAUUACCUAGUGAUCAUUUCGGUCUUUUUACAGUGGUUGAACACAUAGAGAAAUCUGAAACUGAAAAACAGAAACAAUCAACCGGGAGUGAAAGUAAAGUUUAUUUUAAGAGGCCAAGAGGCUGGGAAAAUUAAUUAAGUAAGAAAAGAUCACGAGGGCUGUUCUCUUCAUGUUGCUUCAAGUUAAAUUAUCUGUCAGAAGGAGAACUGUAAGAAGUGCUUUAAAAAGUACUCUAGUUUGUAAGUUAGCAUCUUUUGUUGCAUUAGCACUGUAAAUAUCAGUUGUGUAAUGUUUCAACAUUGUGAGUAUUGAUAGCAGUUACUGUAGAGUUGCAUCAUUGACAGUCACAUUGCAUAUCAGUUUGUCACUAGUUGAUAUAUUUUGUUUGUACAGGAGUUUAUUGAAUUCAGCUUUAUUUACCGGUUUGCAUAAUCAUCAAAUUACCUGUAUAUGUAUAUGGAUUUUCUGACAGAUGUAGUUUAGUUGAUUUGGAAGUUAAGAGUUGCAAGUUGUAAGUAUUUUUGAUCCAAUUAAGCAAUACAUUAUUCAAUCAGUGCACGACUGCUGAGUUUAUAAAAGUUAAAGUUCAAAUAUACUGCUAAUUAAAUGCAAAUGAAAAAAUUAUCAGAUGGUUAAAAAAAUGUUUCACUACUCCUUUUUUUCUAAGUUGAAGCCUGGCGAGGUGUAUAAAGGACCAUGGACAAAUCUCUAACAAUAUUCUGCUCUAUUUCUGCCUCUAGUCCUUUUGGCUGCUUAGGGAGGCACAGCAUGUAUGUCCAAGUGUCUUCCCCUUCCUCAGAUGCUAGUCCUAUCCCAGUACUUGUAUUUGGGACAUCUCAUGCAAGGCACUCAUCCAUCUCAAAGGAUCCAAACUUUAGUUUCAAGGAGAAAACACUGUCCUUUUGCCUAGCUCACAGUUUGUGAAGACAUAGAAAAAUUGUGUGAUUCCUAGAAAAUUGCACUGCUUUUUCUGUUUGUAGCCUUUAUUUGAGAGACUAUAUUCAGCCUAAAUGUAGCAUUAUAAAACUGUGAUGUUGAAACAUUUCUUCCUCCCUUUUAGCCAGCUCCUUUAUUUCUUUCCACCAUACAACAUAACAAGCUACUCAUGGUUAAUGUGGAACUUAUCAUCAUCAAGCCAGACCCCAGAAUUUUCAAAACUGUUCCAGUUAUUUUUUUGUGUGGCUCCUUGGGGGUUUAGAGGAGAGAUGUGCAACUCUUAGCUGUGUGGCAAACUAACAUUUUGUUAUUUCGGUACCAGUCUGCUGCGAACUUUACAUCGUCCCAGCUCUAUUCGACCAGCGGUUACUGCCAUGAGAAUAAACAUCUGCAGCUGUUUUCAUCCUUGAGCGAAGCUUAGUGAUUUUUCGAGAACCUGCAAGUUUUCUACCCACGAUUGUACCUGUAGUGGUCCGCUGGGAAACAUUAAGGUCCCUCUUUCUGUACAAUCGAUAUGAGUUUGAGGUAAAUAACCACUUUUGUUUUCGAUGGAAGUUAGUUUUUGUGGCGUCUUUGACGUGGCGAUGAUUGACUGUGUGGCUAGUUCAAGUGAUAAAAACUGCUUUUACUGUAAUAGCUUUCUUUCUGAAUGCGAUAGUUCAGAUCUAAAUUUACGAAAACAACUGACUUUUGAAGUCAGGGGCGUAUAUAGUCCUUGAAAAUGGUUCAAAGAUCGAAUGUUAAAAGUCUAAAAUGGGUGACUUUGAUAAUGAAAACCGGAAUGUAUUAGUAAUAUAUAUAUGUAUUUAGAUACUUGCUAUGUAUGUUCUGGUGAAAAAGGCGCUCCGUUUUGCGCCUGGUUUUAAGAAAUGUGCAGUGUUGCACUAAAGAGGUGGAAGAACGCGCGACUUCGUUUACACUCAUCAUCACCCGAGUCGUACUCUGUUAUUAGCAGUAUACACUUUUCGUUCGGUUCUUCUGCGGCGGGGCUUUCAAUCUUUAAUUUUUACACGAAGGAAGGGUAGACGGACUUGCUUUUAACUAGUAAGACUACUCUGUAAAUCCGUAUAGAGUUUUGCGUGCAGAAAAAUCGUUCGGUAUAGAAUUCAAAAUUUUCUAAUGUAAUUAGUUUUUACUGAUGUUGGAUAUAAGUUGCAAGGAACAAUAUUGGAAGAAGUCGACAUCAGUCAAGCACUCUCUUACUCCCUCAUCGCAUAUUAAUAUUCUCCGUUAACUGACGUCUGCUUUUGUUCUUCUUGUGCACCUACGAGAUUGAUUCAAUCACGCUGAUUGACUUGACUUUUGUUUCAUUUUAUAUGAAAAUUAUCCAGUGAGGUAUCAAACAGCAUUUCAAUCACCUGUUAAUGCUCAAAUAACAGUGAAAUGAUUCUUAUCUAAAUUUGAACUCCAUACUGCAUUCUUAUAGCUUAUGACACCAUGUCAACUAACACGAAGGGGCUCUUGACGCGUCAAAGACAACCAAAGGCUUCUGCGCACGCUCUUCGGCAGAGGUAUCAAGCCUUGACAGUGGACACGCAUCCAAGGUUUACUGGUGAUCAGUUGCUGGAUGUCCUUAUUAGCUUCAAGCCUCACGAAGAGACAAGUUCUUCAUCGCCAUCCACAACAGACUACCUGCUUUGAUAAGAGAAGAAAGAGUAAAUACAACAAUACGGAAACGCUCUUUGGACGAGAUCAUGACAUACUACAAACCGUGAUGACCGGGUCAACAAGUGUUUUAUUUGAAAAUGACUCACGAGGGGCUCAUGUCUUGUGACAUUUUCCCAUAUGGUAUUCGUGGUAAAGCUCAUUCAAAAAUGUACACGAAUUAAGGUGCGAAUUUUUUUAUUAGAGAGAGUUGGUCAUUAUGGAGAAAAAAGGGGUUGGUCGAAAUAUUUUGGACUUAGGCCUUACACUCAAAUUGGCAAAGAGAGCCACAUAUUUCCAUCUUCCAGCUGCAUCGUGUAUGAUUAUGGUGACUAUUUAAAAAUAUUCAAUUAAGUAUUCGAUUCCCGUCCAAAAGCAUUUAAAGUUAUGCAACAAAUAGCCUUGUUCGUUUGUUUGGUUUGUUCGUUUGCUCUUCGAUUGUUUGCCUAUCCGCAUUCGUUAUCCUUCCGUUUUCGACUCCCGGUCUCGCUGUUCCAGUGUUUUGGGUACCAAGGGGGUAAAUUUCUAAAGAAACUGUGGUGCUGCGUUGGUAGGAGAGUAUAACUGAGUAAUUUAGUAUUUUCAACUGAGUUGAUCACGUAAAUUGGCCACCGUGAAGAGUUUCGAAGCUGACGUUUCAAGCGUUAGCCCUUCGUCAGAGGAAUGACGAAGGGCUACCGCUCGAAACGUCAGCUUUUAAACUUUUGUUUGUGUGUGUGUGUGUUUUAUAAUUUUUUUAAACAAUGUAGGGUACUUCUCUAACAAUUGUACUUCAGUGAAUAAUUUAUGUAUGUCAGGGAAUAUUAUCCUGUAGAGGUCUGGAACAUAAUAAAUUCCUGCCAGUUUGGUAGAUCUUUAAAAUCGUUACAGAAUUAAAUCCCCCAUUUUAAAGUAAUUGCCAAGCCUAACCUGAUUCAUAACAUUUAACGUGACUGGGCGGUCAUACCAGCAUCAUUAUUUGAUCGUUUGUUUAUUCCUUGUUUACUCCGCUACUAACUUCUGAAUUUUGUCACAUCCUGCUGUCACGCCAUCUAUUCGAUACUCGAUAAAGCUCUAGCCGCGAGCCGAGGUGCAGAAACAUGGCUUCCGUCUUUGUAACGCAGUUUCGUAAACGCUGCAGUCCCUUUCUGGCUAUUUUUGUGUUAGUUAGCGUUCUGCUUGUUUAUCAUGUUACUUAUCACGUGAAAAGUAAGCAUAGAAGAGAAAUAAGAUUUCUGACGUACAACAUUUGGGACUCCUCUCUUAAGAUGCGUGAAAGAAUGGAAGAACUUGGAAAAAUUGUAGAGGAUCUCGAGCCAGAUGUUUUAGCAUUUCAAGAAGUCACGCUAGACAACCUGGCAGUUCUACGAGAACAGCGCUGGUUUUCUCGCUACCACCUUUUUCCACGAGGCGUUUUGAAAUCCGAUGGAAAACAUUUUGUCAUUAUUUUGAGUGUCUUUCCUGUUGAGAAAUGGCUGGUUCAUCCAUUCACAAAUAAUGUGGACUCUACAUCGAAUCGUGGUCUUGUUUUAGCAGAAGUUAGGAACCCCAUUUCUUCUACAGAUGUUACUUUUGUCUUUGUAGCAACACACUUAGCAUACGGUGGCUUCGGCACUACGCAACGUGAACAACAGUUGAAAGAAUCAUUUCCAAUUAUCUCUUCUUACGACAAUGUUUGUAUCAUGGGAGAUUUGAAUAUCUACGAAAAUAUCGAUGGCGAAGUUGUGCUGCCACCAGCUUGGUUUGAUGCGUGGCUAUCGAUUCCUGGAAAUUCAAACGAAAAUGGGUUUACGUGCGAUCGGUUAAAAAAUUCGAUACUGAAAGGUCCUCCUGCAGUGAAUGCAACAAGUUACAAGGCACGCUAUGAUCGCGUGUUUUGCAAACUGUUCGACUUCAAGGUUAAAGAAAUGAGAAUUGUUGGCGAUGAGUUGACAAGAACCGGUAUAUUACCUAGUGAUCAUUUCGGUCUUUUUACAGUGGUUGAACACAUAGAGAAAUCUGAAACUGAAAAACAGAAACAAUCAACCGGGAGUGAAAGUAAAGUUUAUUUUAAGAGGCCAAGAGGCUGGGAAAAAUUAAUUAAGUAAGAAAAGAUCACGAGGCUGUUCUCUUCAUGUUGCUUCAAGUUAAAUUAUCUGUCAUAAGGAGAACUGUAAGAAGUACUUUAAAAAGUACUCCAGUUUGUAAGGUAGUAUCUUUUGUUGCAUUAGCACUGUAAAUAUCAGUUGUGUAAUUUUUCAACAUUGUGAGUAUUGAUUGCAGUUACUGUAGAGUUGCAUCAUUGACAGUCACAUUGCGUAUCAGUUUGUCACUAGUUGAUAUAUUUUGUUUGUACAGGAGUUUAUUGAUUUCAGCUUGAUUUACCGGUUUGCAUAAUCAUCAAAUUACCUGUAUAUGUAUAUGGAUUUUCUGACAGAUGUAGUUUAGUUGAUUUGGAAGUUAAGAGUUGCAAGUUGUAAGUAUUUUUGAUCCAAUUAAGCAAUACAUUAUUCGAUCAGUGCAUGACUGCUGAGUUUAUAAAAGUUACAGUUCAUAUAUACUGCUAAUUAAAUGCAAAUGAAAAAAUUAACAGAUGGCUAAAAAAAAUGUUUCACUGCUCCUUUUUUUUCUAAGUUGAAGCCUGGAGAGGUGUAUAGAGGACCACGGACAAAUCUCUAACAAUAUUCUGCUCUAUUUCUGCCUCUAGUCCUUUUGGCUGCUUAGGGAGGCACAGCAUGUAUGUCCAAUUGUCUUCCUCUUCCUCAGAUGCUAGUCCUAUCCCAGAACUUGUGUUUGGGACAUCUCAUGCAAGGCACUCAUCCAUCUCAGGAUCCAAACUUUAGUUUCAAGGAGAAAACACUGUCCUUUUGCCUAGCUCACAGUUUGUGAAGACAUAGAAAAAUUGUGUGUGAUUCCUAGAAAAUUGCACUGCUUUUUCUGUUUGUAGCCUCUAUUUGAGAGACUAUAUUCAGCCUAAAUGUAGCAUUAUAAAACUGUGAUGUUGAAACAUUUCUUCCUCCCUUUUAGCCAGCUCCUUUAUUUCUUUCCACCAUACAACAUAACAAGCUACUCAUGGUUAAUGUGGAACUUAUCAUCAUCAAGCCAGACCCCAGAAUUUUCAAAACUGUUCCAGUUAUUUUUUUGUGUGGCUCCUUGGGGGUUUAGAGGAGAGAUGUGCAACUCUUAGCUGUAUGGAAAACUAAAAUUUUGUUAUUUCGGUACCAGUCUGCUGCGAACUUUACAUCGUCCCAGCUCUAUUCGACCAGCGGUUACUACCAUGAGAAUAAACAUCUGCAGCUGUUUUCAUCCUUGAGCGAAGCUUAGUGAUUUUUCGAGAACCUGCAAGUUUUCUACCCGCAGUUGUACCUGUAGUGGUCCGCUGGGAAACAUUAAGGUCCCUCUUUCUGUACAAUCAAUAUGAGUUUGAGGUAAAUAACCACUUUUGUUUUCGAUGGAAGUUAGUUUUUGUGGCGUCUUUGACGUGGCGAUGAUUGACUGUGUGGCUAGUACAAGUGAUAAAAACUGCUUUUACUGUAAUAGCUUUCUUUCUGAAUGCGAUAGUUCAGAUCUAAAUUUACGAAAACAACUGACUUUUGAAGUCAGGGGCGUAUAUAGUCCUUGAAAAUGGUUCAAAGAUCGAAUGUUAAAAGUCUCAAAUGGGUGACUUUGAAAAUGAAAACCGGAAUGUAUUAGUAAUAUAUAUAUAUAUGUAUUUAGAUACUUGCUAUGUAUGUUCUGAUGAAAAAGGCGCUCCGUUUUGCGCCUGGUUUUAAGAAAUGCGCAUUGUUGCACUAAAGAGGUGGAAGAACGCGCGACUUCGUUUACAAUCAUCAUCACCCGAGUCGUACUCUGUUAUUGACAGUAUACUCUUUUCGUUUGGCUCUUCUGCGGCGGGGCUUUCAAUCUUUAAUUUUUACACGAAGGAAGGGUAGACGGACUUGCUUUUAACUAGUAAGACUACUCUGUAAAUCCGUAUAGAGUUUUGCGUGCAGAAAAAUCGUUCGGUAUAGAAUUCAAAAUUUUCUAAUGUAAUUAGUUUUAACUGAUGUUGGAUAUAAGUUGCAAGGAACAAUAUUGGAAGAAGCCGACAUCGAUAAAUUGUAAAUACAACUGGAAAAAAACCUGUCUUUUCCUCUCAGAACCGUGUCUAAUAGCAGUUGAGUCGUCCUUUUAUAGCUUGAUAACAGAGUAAUUUUUGAUCUAUAGUCAAAAGUGACACUCAAGCUCUGCAGGUGAUACACAAGCUCUGAUAUCUAACUCUGAUUUCCCACAUUAUUUUACUUCAUUUUCCAUGGUCGUGUUUUCUGAUGCAUCUGGCCACUUCUUACAGUGCAAUCUGACCAAAGAAAAAUAAUGCAAAUUAACAGUGAACAAAAUUGAUAAAUAUUUCAAUAUCUGAAUGCACAUUUUCUGCCAUUCUGUCAAAGUUAAAUUUCUCUCUCUGUUCUCUGUCAGCAAACAAACUUUUGCUGCAUUCAGAAAAACCUGAAAAGAACACUUUAUACUACUUGCAAAUCCUAUAAGCAAUUCAUGCUGACAAGACAUUUGUAAUUUUUGAUAGAUGUGUUGGUCAUAAUUUUUAUCCUCUGUAGAGUUCAUGUGUGUACAUGGAAUGUCAAGGUAACACAACCACCAGAUGAAGACUUCAGAUCACUUUUGCACCUUGACAAUGAAGAACAACUUCCUGAUAUUGUUGCUGUGGGGUAUGUAUUCUCUCACUUAAACAAAGAAGUGUUUUUUAUCUUGACAGUUCUUGUACUCCUAGAUUUGUACGCGAUGAUAUCUCUUUGCUUUACUUUAUGUAUUUGAUACAUGCCACACUAUUUAUAUCAAUAGUUUCCAAAUGAGGAAUGGAAAUAAGGUGAACAAUGAUAGUUUUCUAUUAGUAGUGUUGUCUAAUAUCUGAGGUGUUUUUUGCAGUAUGGUCAACGUAAUAACUUGUGGCACAUUAGAUCCAAUUUGUGUGUGUAAAAUAAAUCCUUCUUUCAAAAAUACUCAUUAUCUGGCUAACAUCAGUAUUAGUCCAAGUAAUUACUAGUUUCUAGUAAACAAAUAUAUGUGGGUCAAGGCAAGCCACUAAAGGCUGAGAUGAAGAGUGAAGCUGGUAAUUCCCCUCUUAAUAGAAUUAUUUGAUUGGUUGAUAAGAUUAAUUUGUUUGAAUAUUGGAUGAUUUGUCAUCAAAACAGUUUGAUCAUUUCCGUUAUGAAUGUGCACAUAUUAGUUCAGAUAACCUUGGUUUAUUCUCAAGCUUUUAAUUAAUAUCAUUGUAUUGACUUGUAGUUUGCAGGAGGUUGAUGCUAAACCACAGUCAUUAUUAAUUGAAUACAUAAAGGAAAAUUCCUGGGUAAAGAUCCUUCAAGCCUACCUUGGGGCAUAUGGCUUGGUUAAGGUAUAUAGACAUGAUUAUGUUUUUUUUUUGGUUUUUUUUUUUUUUCAGAUACAUAAAGGAUAUUAGGCCAAGCUGUAAUGACACUAUUUUUUUUCGUCUGGAAUGACAAAAACAAUAAUGUUUUAAACAAGUAUUGUGACUGGGUAAAAUGCUUUCCUUACUACCCAAAAAUAAAAUUCCUAUCUUCAAGCCACCACCAUCCUUUUGAUCAAGUAAAAAAAAAAAAAAAGACAAACUAAGGUAUUCAAUACUACAACACUUUGUUCUUCUUGAUGAAAUAAGUAAGCAAGAGAUUGAAAGGAAGAAAUAGGUAGCAAAGAUACAUUUACAAAGAGAAUAACACAUGGGCACAUGUACAUGUAGACAUGGAAUUUCUCUUUGAGUGUUCAUCCUGGUAUCUCACGAGUACAUGCGGAAAGCAAGUAAGAGGUUGAGUUGAAUGUAAGUAAUGGGGAAUUCCUACUUCUUUAGACUAACAUGUAAAGCACCAAAAUUAAGACUUACAAAAUCAAUGUUGAGAUUUUAAGGUUUCACUGAGUUUUUAUGUGAAAAGGUUAAUUUAGUGUACUUCUCAUUGCAGCUCAAAUCAAUCCGCAUGCUUGGAAUGGUACACCUUGUAGCUGUUCACACCAAGCAUCUUCCAUAUGUGCGUGAAAUUAGACCUGGUUACUGCAAAACAGCACUUCUUGGCCUCCUGGUAAAGAGGAUAGUUUUUAUGUGUAAUUAAAUCUCAUUGUAGUUACAUAAAGGUAAAGGUCAAGCAUUAUAAGUCUCUUGCUAAAUUGAUAUCUAAACACAUCCUUAUUCCCAUAGCAACCAGAAAUAUAUGCUACUCCUUUUGUUUGUUAAGUAUCCCUGAAGAUGUGACGGUACCCAUUUUUGAGUGAUUUUACGAAAAAAAAUAACUGUCUGUUAACUCGUAGAGUAUGUUGCUUCUACCAAUCAAAUUACCGCAUUAGGGUAUGUAUCUCGUACCAAUCAGAUUGCUGCAUUAGGGUAUAUAUCUCUUACUGAUCAGAUUUCUUCAUUCGGCUAUGUAUCUUGCACCAAUCAUAUCACAGCAUUUGGAUAUCGUGCACCAAUCACAGUGCUUGGGUAUUGUUUUCUUGUAAAUGAUGUCAUGGAAUCAGGGGGCUGUGCUCAAAGAGUGGCAUUGACCACAAAUUUUGUGCUUAUGUAAUAAGUGUCAUGAUUGUGGCCUUUGCAAGAGCUUUGUCAAAUGAGGUUGAGAUUUUUGGAAUAUGAAAGGUUUGCAGUUAUUUUUUUGUGUUCCUUUUCUUACGUGGAACUUUAUGCUACUGAUAGUGAAUUUUCCAGGCAUUCUCCCAUUUUUGACUUUUUCCAGGAGUAAAAGUGAUUUUGGCUACCUUGAAAUUAACCCAAUUAGGUUUUAAUUCCUUGUAAACAACCUGAAAUUUAUCAUGUAUUUCACACACAGAGGGCAAAGUCCAGAUAGGCAACAACCAAUCAAGAAGCCCUCUUUGAAAUAUUAUCCUUUCCUCUUGCUCAGUGUAUCUUCCCUUAUACAAGAACACAAUAUAUCUUCAGUUUAUUGUAGAGGAAACAAUUUCAGUCUGCUUUUUACAGUAAAAUUAUGUGGAAUUAUAUUUUUGAGGCAACCAACUAAAUAAUUUUGAUUUUUCUUUUUGUUAGGAACAGCUGUAAGGGUAGUCUCUUUUGCAACCAUUAUUUGGUCUUGUCACACAAUGGCUCUCUCUCCAAUGGGGAAUAGAGGUUGUUGUGUGAUGAGAACAAACAAUGACUGUGAAGGAGACUACAGUAAGUGUGGCACCGUUGUAUUUUAUUUUUGCUCAGAAGUAAUUAGACAAUAUAGACUAUAGACCACAAAAUACCUGUGUGAGUGUAGAUAAAUGAUGUUUUUAUCUUUCUUUUGACUUGAAGUAAUGGGAAAUUUUGGUUCUUUUGAAAGUUAUGAAAACAUCAGGAACACAAAGUGUCCAGUCUCAACUUACCCAGCUAAAGAAGUAACUCUUGCAUGCUAUGCAUGCCUAUGUUUACUCAUGAGUGGAAAGAGGCACUGUGAGAUAAAAGUUUCUUACUCAGAAUAACCAAGUUGUACUGUGAACCCAUAUGCUUUUUUUCUUGUAAUUUGCUCUUUUAGGGAACCAAAGGAGCAGUGUCAUUAAGAUUUACUCUUUAUGGACAAAGCUUCUGCUUCAUCAACAGUCACUUCUCUGCUCACGCUGACUAUGAAGAACAAAGGAAUCUGGUAGUACAUCCAGUAUGUUUGUCUGCACUUAAUAAUAUGAAAUAAUUCAAGUUAUUAAUAAAAGGCACAUCAUUAUACACCAUACUGAGCUUUCAUAGACUUACUUUUCAUACAGUUACAUGUUCAUGUACAGCUUGCACUAUAAGAAUUUGCACCUCAGAUUAAAGUUGUUAUAUUAUUUGGCCACUUCCUGCAUGUCAGAUAGUAAAGAGAGUGUGAUGGUGGCCCUGAGAAAAUACAGAAUGGAGGAACUGUCUCAAACUCCUUGCUUUUGCACUCUGUGAUACUCUCAGAUCCCAUUUAAUGAAACAAGUAGUAGGUUAUUUGCAUAACUAAGGUAGCAUUACCUUCACAGGUCUUCUUCAGCUUUUGAAUUUCAGAGAUUGCAAACUUGCAAAUUCACCUACAUGCACACUGUGGAGCAAUUUCAGUGACCUGGGCCCAGUUGUAUAAGAGGCAGAUAAUGCUAUCCGACAGAUAAAUUGCUAUCUGGUGGAUAAGUAAUAGCUAAACAUAUGGUGUUAUCUACAAGAUAGAGUUUUAUUUGUUUUCCAACCUUUAAACAACCAGGGCCUGAUGUUUUGAUAAUAAGUUUCUUUAUUAUCUAUUAAUUCAGGAAUAUGGGAGCAUUAGUCAACAUUUGCUAUUUGCAAAUUGUACACCUCAAAAAGCAAUGGAACACAGGUACUAUAUCAAAAUCCACAUUCUAUACAUUUUAACUUGUUGUUGCAAUUAUUUUUGUUGCCAAUGUUAGUAGUGUUGGGUAUAGUGGUUAUGGUGGACUGACACUAGUACUAGCUAUUGGUGAUCUGCAAUGAUGAUGAUGAUAAUGAAAAUCUUGUUGUUCUUAAUGAGGAUGAUGAGGAUGAUGUUGCCGUACAUGAUAAUGAUGAUGAUGAUGAUAGAACCACUUUUUCUUUUUUUGUCUUUCAGCUAUGUAUUCUGGCUAGGGGAUCUCAACUACAGAAUUAAUGAAACCAUUGACAACAUCAAAGGGCUCUGUGCAAAAAAUGAUUACCCUGCACUAUGGAAGCAUGACCAGGUAGAGUAGAGUAUUGUUUCACUUUUGUUUUUUUUUUUUAUGGUCUAUGGACAUUGGCAGGAAUUUAUAGUCGGGUUGUCUUAUACUAUUUUAUUUUGUUAUCUUACACUAUUUUAUAUGGUUAUUUUGUUUUAUGAUAAAUUGCCUUUUUAUUACAAUUGAAAGUCACUUUCACCCAAGGAUCCUUCCCGCCCCUAAUCCUCAUUUAACCCUUAGCACCCAUGAGUGACCAAGACAGAAUUUCUCCUUACAAUAUCAAUACACUAUCGAGCAGACAAUUGAUGAGAAAAAAGAAAAAUAUCAAUUAGGGAAUUAAUAGUUGAUCCAAUGCCAAAUUCUCCAAACUAACAUCACAAGAAAUGGAAGACAAUAAGGAGAAUAACAAAUGAAGUCGUCCUCCCCAACCCCCGCCCCCCCCCCUCCUCCAACCCCUCCUCUCUCGUGUUAUGGUGUCGAGAAGAAGGAACACUUUGAGAACAAGGAUUUUGUUGCGUGUCGUUUUUUUUUACCAUGGCGCUUUAAGUCUACAAGUUAUUCACACAGGUAGAAAUAAAACCUUAUUGGAUAGCGUUAUUUUUAUGGUUUUUUUCUAUCCUCAGCUCUUACAAGGUCAGAAAGACGGCAAAUGUUUUGAAAAGUUCCAAGAAGGAGAGCUUACCUUUCCACCUACUUACAAGUACAACCCUGGAACAGAUCAGUGGGACACAGAAAGGUAGGUCACAUGAAGCUACUCAUGGAGUGCUUUUGGUUGGAGAACCAAAGCCUAAGAAUUCGCAAUGACCAAUCAGAUCAAAGAUGGAGAACAUCAAGAGCCAAUGAGACCUCAUAUGAUAGACAUACAAAUGACCUGAAGCCUGGGUUAGUUUGCAUCUGAUUGGUUGAGGAGGUGGCACUAUUUUUCUAAACAAAUAACAGAGCGUAGUUAAGUAGAGGCAGUAAUGUUCUUUCCUGGACCACUUUUGACUCUCAGUUGAAAACUGCUCUUAAAUCUGUUGUGAUCCCGUUGCAGUGGAAAGUACCGCAAACCCGCCUGGACUGACCGAGUAUUGUGGCUCGAAUCUGAGGAGAGGAAAAACACUGUUACACUGGAGAGUUACGUUUCUUAUCAGUCCUAUCAAACAAGUGAUCACAGACCUGUUGGAGCCUCGCUUGCCUUGAAUCUUAAUGUGAGUGGCUGCAUAUGAAUGAUAUUAGAGCGCUGUGUGAUAUCGAAACUAAUCGCAGGAGCCAAUCAGGAAAAAGCAUAGCAACACAAAUGGCCUAUCAUUGCCCGUCAUUAAACACACCCGGCUUAGAGCGCUGGAAAACAGGGUGACUAAGGGCUCGUUUAUAUUUAUUUGCAUCUGAUUGAUUGAAAAAAUAGUGCGAUUUUCUAAACCAGUCGCAGGUUGCGAUGAAUUCAAAACAGUGCAGUUCCGGGUUGCAUUUGACUCUCAAAUGAAAUUACGCUAUCGCUGUGUUAUUUCGUUUGCUUUCGCACAGGACUCGAUCUCUUCAAUGGAGGAUCCUAUCUCGUGGAAGUUGGAUCUCAUGAGUCUUCCCUGGUAUGGCAAUGAGGUUGGUAUUUGCUAAAUUAAUCAUGCCAAAACCAAAGAACUGUGAGAGGUAGUGGUCCGCAUAUAAUGGGUGGCCGCGCUCCAGAUCCAGAGGACUGGAUCUUAUGAGUAACAAGGGCCAGUCAUAUAUGCAGACUUCAGCUGAGCUUUAAACGAAAAUUGAAAAAAAAGCCUUGCAUUUUAGCGUACGCCGAAACUCUGAAUUUAUGCUUUGUGUAUAUUGCGUGCCUGUAACGUGUAUGCUACAAAAACAUGAGGUCAACAAUUGAAACAUCAUAUUGCGUCCUUUUUUUUUUUUUUUUUUUUUUUUUUUUUCCUCGUAGGAUGGUUUGUGUGUAUACGUGGUGAAGAACUACAAGACGUACAGCUGGGAUUGGAUUGGUCUCUACAGGGUUUGUACAUAUUUUAUCGUUUAUAGGCCUUUCCAAAAAUAUCAUCCUGUUCUAAACGUUCAUUCUUUGUGCUGAUGGUUUUGUUGGUAACAGUAGAAGAGGUUUAUGAUCUUUAUGUGAUGAUUUAAUAUGAGUUUUAAAAGCGAUAAAAGGACCUUUAGAUCUCAGCCUUUCCCCUUCUUGACACUACAUACAACUGAUUAUAAUCGUCGAAGCAAGUGAUCUUCGCUGACUUUGCUGGAAGUUGAAGUUCUUUGCGGCUUUAACCUGAGUUCGUAAAGAAAUCCAUGUCGCCAGUAGACGCAUUUAAUUGCAAGAGCACAGCAAACUGGCUCGGUGAGAAAGGGUUAUUUCGCUCUAAGUAGUUUUCUUUUGCGGGCUGUACUGUUUCUUACGCCUUUGAUGAUCUUCCACAACCGCUGAAUUUUUUUGAUAAGUAAGUGGCAAAUCGUGAAGCGAAGUACGAAAUGAAAAAAUUACUUUCUAAGUUGAUCGGUAAGGUUGGGUGUAGAUAGCGACGAUAUUAAAGUAAUCGACUCCGUCUUUACUGAAUAACGAUGCAACUAAUUGCUUCGAAAAUUGUUCGUCGUAGGUUGGUUUUCAACAUGUCUUUGAUUACGAAAUGUAUGAGUGGGCCGUGGGGGACGGGGACGAGUACGGCGAGAACGGCUGCGCGGUGUUGUUCGACUGUCUGCCAGAGGAGGCUGGCCAUUACGUCAUGUGUUACUAUAGCUACAAGUUGGACUGCAUUAUUUCCGUCAGUGAACCAUUUGAGGUUAGACCCAAUACUUACUUCAAUUUGUAAUUACGUUCUCACAACGUUGCAAACAUCUGUAGGCAAAGUAGGUGAAGGUAACUGAUUAGAUUUAGCUUUAGGGCGCAAUUUAAAUUAAAUUGAUGUUUUUAAUGAGAAUUGUAUGGGCAACUUGUCUGGCUUAUUACUGACUCCAGCGGCCCUCCCACUUACUGGAAGGCAAAUUUUUAAUUUUUUCAUUCUUGAAACUUGAAUCGUUGAUGUGCAAUGCCGUUGCGAGGUAGGUUGCAAGAGACGUUUUCCUUACUAUGUUUCCCCGCUUAACUCCAAAAGAGACGGGUGAAUUCGAAGGGCAAUUCGACGUCUCCAGUGGUUUCUUUGGGGGAGGAGCCUGGGCUGCGAUAUUUGUUGAACAGCGGUUGGAUAUGGAUCCCUAGCGCUCGAUAGCUUCACUUUUACUUCAGACUACUUCCUCUCAUUAGCAAAUUCUCUAAUCUUCUCCAGAUUCUUCCACCCCGAGAUGAAGACAAGGAUCCAGUUGAGGUUCAAGUCGAGCAGCCCACUGAGGAUGUGUAAGCAACAAGGAUGACAACAGCUUUUGCCAGACGCUGCACCGCUUCACAAACCGCACAAAUGAGGAGAUACUUUAUGUAAAUAUUUUAGCACGGUACCUGAGCAUAUUUUUCCUAGCCGCCAUUUUGAAUGAUGGGCGCUUUGCGUAACCUUGUCAGUGACGUGUCCUUGUUAAUCGUAUGGUGCGUUUAAUGAGAAAAGAGAAUCCAGAACUAGCUUCAUGUAAGACUAUGGAAUCCUAUAUUAAGCUAGCACUGGCCUGAGACCCUUAAUUGUCUUUCCAUAUAUACUGUAAAAUAAAUCUUCGCUCACCGGACAACCUCUAUCAAGUUAACGUGGACACCUAAAAAAAGGCUUUUGUAAAACGCUAUUGUUACGUGAAACCUGUGGUGAGCGACAGCUGAUGAGAGAUUUGUGUUUCAUUUUUAAUGUAUUGCAAAGAAGGACAGCAUUCUUUACUUUUUAACACAAUUCUUUUCGUAAGUAAGGGUUACUUUUUUUCUCUCUCUGCUGUUCAAUGUCUAACUUUCUCAAAAUUUCUGCCAUAAUUGUUUGUACUACGUUUAUCUUCUUUCUGAUAAAGAAUUUGUCGUGAAGUAGAGCGAAGGGUAUCUCUAUAAGCACGGUAGCAGUUGCCGGGGAAGUCUCGGGAUCUCGGAAAGUGUUCGCAAGCAGUCAGCCCUGAACUUUGUUUGGCCCUAGACUUCGCUAGGACUGUCCGAUUUCGACUCUGUGAUUCAAAAUGGCAGUGAUCGAGAAUAGAUCGAAGGAAAAUUUUUUAGUUAGUUUAACUUAGUUUUAUUAACGAGUCGUUUGUCUAUACACAGGUUUUUUUAUUUAUUAUAACUUAAGCAUCAAGGUCGUUAUCUAAUAUAAUGGAUAUCUGGAAACUUUUACGAAGAUUUUACUAAAGUUAUCGGUGAGGGUCGUAUAUGCUGUACAUACGAAUUUUUAUUAAGCAACAGUUUUUUCGAUCCCAGUGCUUUUAUCCAAGACUGAUUUUAAAAUAAUCGGUAAAUUUAGAUUAUAACUCAAUACAUAGGCGAACCCGAUGAAAAUGCACAUCACCACAUGCUUGAUUUAGUUUUGCUUCCAAUUGGUGGGGAACGGAAUGAUUUUAAAUUGCUCACAGUGGGUGAAAGAGGGCCCAAUCUUCUGUCGAGUGUCGUUAAACGAAACCCCAAAUAAUAACCACAGCCAAUUGUGGCAAAGCUGGAUAUAGUAAGGAGUCUUUAAGAAGUUUGUGAACUGAAAGUAAAUGCUGUACAAUGCGAGUAACUUAGUCAACGAUUAGCUUUUAUUUUGUAUCUGAUUGAUUGAUGAAGCGAUACGAAUCCCUUAACAGAAUCCUAUAACAGAGAGUGCGAGAGUUACACCAGCCUACUCCGGAUUACCAUCGACACUCAACUGAAAUUGCCUUACAUUAGGCUAAUAGUGAAAUAAUCCCUUGCUUCUCUUAACCUUCUUUAAAAUUCAAGCCACGAAAGUCACUUUUGUAUUUUAGCGUACGUACUGCGAGCAUUCAUUAGACUAUGCAACUCAGCAGGAAAUCGAUAGGCGGUUGAGCCCAUCAAAGAAAUUUGUCAGAGAGCAUUUCGAUGGAUUGUCGAAAAACAAACAUUGAAGCAAUCUCAUCAGCCAAUGAGCGCUCAAAGUAAAACAGGGCAACUGCCUUAAGCGCUGGUACCUUCAGUAUGAUUGGUUCAGGGGAGAGGUUAGGAAAGAACCAUGUAAUCCUUGCUAUCAGUCGACUUUUAUUUACAAAUUGCUCUGAAUGAAGAUGAAACGAAAUAUAUCCCGUAAUGCUGUUUAAGGUUGCACAAAGUAACAUUAGUUUUGAAACAAAUCCGAUGGACAAAUGAUUUAGUGGUAAAUAUGAAACAAAUCGUUAAUAAAGUAGGUGAAUAUUUUAACAUUAUACUAAGUUAAUAUAUGUGAAAUCGACUCUGUUUAAGCUACGAAAAUAAAUAUCAAAGCAGUGAAAGAUUAGUCCUUUUAUUCCGUUGAUUGUGCGAAAAUCUUUUAAUUCAUUUCCUAGUAGAUGACUGGAAUCUUCGAGAUAGUGGCCUGUUUUUCCCCUGUUACGGUAUAAUCUUACCGACAGAAAAACGCUGCAAUUCCACAAGCUAAACUACUUUAUUAAACGGCGAGUAAUGUUCUUAAUAAGGAGCUAAUCUUAGAGGUAAUACAAUACUUAUCGUUAAUAAAGUAAUUAAGCCCAUAAAGUCUAUAUCUCAGCUCACCACCGACACAAUCUCACUGCUGUCUCUAAAGUCUCCUGAAACGAGCAAUCUUCCGCAGUAACUCUCUCUCGGUAUAGCUUUCAGAACAGUCGUCGCUCCGACAACAACAACUACU